AGACAACCAGAAAAUUGUGGCUGAGCCAUGCCCCACAUUCCCUUCCUUUCUUCUUCUUCCCACGCUUCCUACAAAUCAUUCCUCCCUCCCACGUUUUACGUCAGCCAUGGAAAAUCCCUACACUCCUCAAUCCUACCAACAUCGUUUUCGUCUUCAUCCUCUUUGAUUCCAUUUCCCUGUGACUUCCCGAUUCCAGAUUCUGCCCCAUUUUUCUGGAUUCUUGUUUCAUUUGCGUUUCCUCUGCAGGAGAUCGCAUCUGGUUUGAUAAUGCUGUCCAUAAGGCUUCACUAUUUGCAUUUUGACAUGGAAUGAGGAUGUCUGGGUCUGCUCAGUAAGAGUGACCUGUUUCACAAGAGGGUGUAAGGUCAUAUUCCGCUGCACAGGAGUUGGGCUGCUUGGUUUUCCUGGUACAGUUGGUAAAUGAAAUUACCAAUUCAUGUGCAUCAAUGUGCUUGAAACAAGGCGUUGAUUAAAGAGGGUGAGUGAAGAAAGAAAGUUCAACUUGAAAUUUUUGAAGAACUGUGUUCUCAAAACAGAAAUGGGGUUACCGCAUAUACCUUCAGGCUGUGUUGCCGAAGAGGUGGCAUCAUCACUGGGCACUCUUGUGCAAACCCCGCCAAGAAUUGCCAACUUUAGCAGCUAUAAUUUGAAUGCAUUGCCUGGAGAAGACCUAAGUAAUUGCAUGCAUCUUGAUAAGCUCAUCACUGAGAGGAAAACAGUUACAGACCUUUCAAAGGAAUCAUGUUUUUCAAAAACGCCUAAUGAUGGUAGCUCCAACCCGCAAAAAUUGAAGCUCAACUCCAUGGAACGAAUUGGCAGGUUGUCUGCCAAGGCUGGGCAUCAGACUACACAUGUACCUGCUUCAAGGACUGUAGGUUUCCAACUAAGGGCAUUAUCUCCCUCUGUUAAUGAUUGUGGUGGAAAUGGAUAUCCCUCAACCCUUCGUAAUGUUAACAGAGACGCAAGUGAGGCUACUAAUGUCAGAAAGCGAUUAUUGUCGCCCUUGAAUGGGAUGCUUUCUGCAGACCAUUUUAAAGCAGAUCCUCUGGACAUUGACAGUGGCACAUAUAGUGCUUGUCCAAACAGUGGUGAUGACAAUUAUAAGGCUCCUGUUCUGCAAGAAUAUAAGAAGGUUCAUAUUUCGAACUCUGACUAUCUCCAGACUCCUAUAUGGUCUCAAUCUUGCUUUCUGGGUACGGCAAAUUCAUCCAGUACUGACACUGGAGAAAACCAUGUCCUACCCAUUUGUGAUCUUUCGCUUUGCAAAGAUGAGAAGCCAUGUUCUUAUAUUAAACUUGAUAGUCCUGAAGAGACAACUAACAUAAGUUCCGAAACGGCAGCAUUGUCUAUACCUCACAAAAAAGUGUCGACGCCAACUUCCUUCCCUUUAUCUCCUCUAGGUCCAAAAUUUUCUGAAAUAACGAAGUUGAGAGGAGAACGCAGGGAUGUUACAAUUAUGUUGGAUGAUGACAAUGUCAAUUUAAAGGACAUGGAACUGUCACUUGGUAGAACUCUUACAGGCCUUUUAUCUGCCCAGAAGGAGGACAACUUUAGCAUGCCAAGUAAUUUACUGCAAGAGUCUAACCAUUUGCAGCAGACGCUCAACAUGAUCACUUUUGAUGAUACCAGAGGCAUGGAAGAAUGUUCUCAUGGUGCAAGUUUUCCUCCUCGGCAUGCCAAGUUCAGAACUUUAAGUGGACUGCCUAUAAGAAGGUCCUUAGUUGGUUCAUUUGAGGAAUCCCUGUUGUCUGGUCGUUUACUCUCCGGGAAAGUUAGCCAGAGAAUUGACGGCUUUCUUGCUGUGCUGAAUUUAACUGGAGGAAACUUCUCGCCACAAUCACAGAAAAUUCCAUUUGCAGUAACAAGUGUGGAUGGAGAUAAAUACCUGUUGUAUUAUUCAUCCAUUAAUAUUUCAGGAAAGCUGAUGUCGAGUAAUUAUAGAGUAAGCAAAGUUCAGAGAACCCUUAAAAUGGAUGAAUCCCGAGCUGAGAAGAGCCGCAUACGUAUCCCUAUGAAAGGACGCAUUCAGCUGGUCCUCAGCAAUCCAGAGAAGACUCCCAUUCACACCUUCUUUUGCAAUUAUGAUUUGUGCGACAUGCCCGCUGGUACUAAGACAUUCUUGCGGCAAAAGAUCAGUUUGAUGUCAUCUGGUUUGAAUUCUACUACUGGGAAAGAAAGCCAAGGAGAUUCUGACAUAAGAGUGGGUGCUAAGUCCUCAACGAUCUCAAAUGCUAGCUGUAGAGAUAAAGAUGUUCUGAACUUAGAAUGCGGUGGAUAUGGUCGUUGCAAACAUACAAGUGAGUGCAACAAUGGAGUUCUGCUUUACGCCCUUCACCUCCGCUUCUUAUGCCCUUUGCCUAGGAAACGUUCAAGGGCAGUUCAUAAGUGCCAAUCUGAUCCUGUGUCAGCAGAAGUGAGCCAUAUUACAGACGUUGAAGAUGAAAGGCGUUUCUACUUGUAUGACGAUAUGAGGGUAGUGUUUCCUCAACGUCAUUCAGAUGAAGAUGAGGGCAAGUUACAUGUGGAAUAUCAUUUUCCUUCUAAUCCAAAAUACUUUGACGUCAGCAGCUGAAAUGACAUUGUUUUUCUCUCGAAGUGGUUAUUGUAUAUGCAGUUGUAAAUAUUUGUACAUAUCCAAUUCAUUUCCUCUCGGGCACUUGGUGGCCAAUUCCCCCAUUCAACUUGUAAAUUACACAGUUAACGUUCAUAUUGAUUCAAAAUUUUAGAUAGCAGAAUCUGUACAAGAA